AUGCCUCGGUUAACGGCGAAUUUACCUCGUCUAUGGGGGAAUACGUUACAGUGGGAAGCAGGUGUACGGAGACUGGCUACUGCAGCCGAACCCGCGGUACAACAGGUAUCUCAGGCUGAGGAAGUUCCACAGGUGCAACCAGCUCGUAAAGUAAGCGAUAAGAUUCUACAAUGGUCGCGUGAAGCAAUUGCAGAGGGACGUGCACAUUUCAAAGUUGGUGGUAAGCAAUUAUUUUUCCCCAAAGCACGGGUGAUUUUGUUGCGGCCCAAUGCCAAGCACACACCAUACCAAGCCAAGUUCAUAGUGCCUAAGUCGUUCAACAAACUGGAUCUAAGGGACUAUCUGUUUCAUGUGUACGGAUUACGGGCCAUGAACGUUACGACACAGUUAUUGCAUGCCAAAUACACACGUGCAAAUCAAGUGAUGCCCCGGUAUCGUGAGGGCCAGAUCAAGAAGAUGACCAUCGACAUGGCGGAACCCUUUGUGUGGCCCGAAGAACCUCGCGACAAGGAGCCGUGGGCCGCGUCACUAGUCAAAGAACUGGGUACUUACAGAUCUGAGCAAACACGUCUCGGUUCAGAUGCAUUCAAACCCGGCCGCGCUUUUGACGGCGCUCUCGGGCCCUACAAGCCUGCUGCACAACCGUUUGUGCCUCGAAUGAUGCGCAAUAAGAUGUUAAACCAGCGCGCUCGCUCGCAAGCCAAGGCCUCGCGGCUUGGACAGGUGCUGAAGGUGGACCGCCUUGUACGGUCAGACCUGCAAUGA